CGAGUAAAAUCGCGGCAGACCACGUGGAACCGUCGGCGCGUCGGGAUGCGGACGCGAUGCACUCUUCCACGAGACACAGCAUGGAGACAUCUCUGCUCCAAGGCAACGCGGUGACCGACUACGCAUCCACGCACCAUCGCGGUCUGAUGGCGCGCCUCGUGGACCGCGCUGGCUCCUACGACCCACUUGACGAUCCAGACCCGACUACCCGUGGCGUGUACAACAUUACACGGAUCGGCGGAAAUUGGCGGCAAAUCUACUGGGACGACAUCUUCCACACCGUGAUCCACACCAACACGAUCCGCCUCUUGUCGGGGAUCUGUAUCACGUACACAGCAGUGGUGUUCGUCUUUGCCAUGUUCUACUACUCAGUGUCGCAACACGACGAGCGCUGCAACGUCGGCAUUUCGACCGUCAUGGAAGCGUACAUAUUCUCUGUCGAGACGAUCAUGACGAUCGGAUAUGGCGCCCCGACGAAUGACAUUUUUUACGGCGGGUGUUCGUCCAUGGCGCUCCUGCUCACGGUCGAGUCGAUUGCAGGCGUCUUCCUCAACAGCAUUUGCGUCGGCGUUUUCUUCGUCCGAUUCGCCCGCGCCACGAAACGUGCGACGUCCGUCGUGUUUUCAAAGCAUGCCGUCGUGCGAAAGAUCGACGGCGACUUCUUUGUCAUGUUUCAAGUGUGCGAGCGCCGCCGCCACCAACUGGUCGAAGCGCAUGUGCGGUGCUACGGCGUUGCCAAGCGCCACUGCCACGUGCCGUUCCACGUCGUCCAAAUGCGCGUGCACAGCCCCGACGACAACCUCGGCGCGUCGCUCCUCAUGGCGCUGCCCCAGGUUGUGGCGCACCGCAUCGAUCUGUCGAGCCCGCUCUAUCCACCAUCUGCGACCCAACUGUCCCAUCCGACGCAGUACGAGAUUGCCCACCACAUCGCCCACACCGACCUGGAACUCGUCGUCGUUCUGGAAGGCACAGACGCCACGACGGGUAACACGAUGCAGGUGCGCCCGAUGACGUGGCACGCUGUCGUGGCCGAAGCGCUCACGAACGAGUAGGCCAGGUAUUCGUACACGGCGCACGACCUCAAGUGGCACCAUACAUUCAGUCCCUGUGUGUACCAACAUCCCGUGACCCACGGCGCUGUCGUCGACUUCGAUCUGUUCCAUGGACUCAUGCCGACGCCAUCCUGCGCUUCCCAAUUCGUCUAAGGUCCAUCGAAAUGUCGGUUAGUCGGUGUGGUGGUCGGGGCGCGAGCGAGGUCGGUGGUGCCACCGCCAGAUAUUGUCGCCCACGUACAGCACCGUGGCGUACACGAUUGAAUUUAUUACGAGCUGUGUACUGGUUUUUCUUCCGUCGGACGUGCCGAACACGGUCGACGUCUGCAAGAACAUCGUUGUGAUACACUCUAGUGGAAUUCCAUGACGGUGGCCGCCUCGAUCACUCGAAAGCGGCGUGGAGCGCCACGUAAUUGUUUUAGUGGUCAGUCUAAAUGUGCAUGGCGUCGGGAGGGGUGGCGCCGUCCGCCAUCUGCGCCAUCAUCGUCGGGACGCCGGCACGACCGCCCGAGUUGCCAAGGAGGCGAUGUUGACCCUUGUUGUCAUGUUCGUGAAGCCGUAGGCCACGUAAUUCAUGGCGGUCGUUGGCAUCAAGCCCUCCAAAUGAGUCGAUUCGCAGAGCGCCUGAUGGCUUGGCAAACUAGCACGUCCGAGCACGAGUACCCAAGCUCGUGCAGCACGAGCAGGAUCGGGACCUCGUAGCUGUACAGUCAAGUUGCCGUACCG